CUAAAGUUGGUAAGCUAUGCUAGAUUGUUCUCACUAAAAGUGCAUUUUUUACGCAGUUACAUGGUAGCUAUUGAUGUGAUAUCAUCCUCAAAAAUAGCAUUUGGAGCAACUUAAUUAUUUGCGAACAUUUUCUAAGAUAUUGUAAAGACUACUUGUGGAAGAAACAUAUUUAUCACUAAUCAUGUCUUCAGGCCCUAAUAUUGGAAUCAAUGGAUUUGGACGUAUUGGACGUUUGGUGCUCAGAGCUGCACUUGAUAAAGGACUUAAAGUUGUAGCCAUUAACGAUCCUUUCAUUGAGCUAGAUUAUAUGGUAUACAUGUUCAAGUAUGACUCAACACAUGGUAGAUUUAAUGGAGAUGUCAAAACUGAGAAUGGGAAACUUGUUGUAAAUGGCAAUCCCAUUAGUGUUUACCAAGAAAUGAAACCAAGCAACAUUAAGUGGGGUGACGAGAAAGCAGACUAUGUUGUUGAAUCUACUGGUGUAUUUACAACCCUUGACAAGGCAAAGGCUCACGUAGAUGCUGGUGCUAAGAAGGUCAUUAUUUCAGCGCCUUCUGCUGAUGCUCCCAUGUUUGUGAUGGGAGUAAACCAGGACAAAUACGAAAAGUCCAUGUCUAUUGUCAGCAAUGCCUCGUGUACAACCAACUGUCUUGCACCUGUUGCCAAAGUAAUCAAUGAUAACUUUGGAAUUGUGGAGGGUUUAAUGACUACUGUGCAUGCUUACACAGCCACACAAAAAACAGUGGAUGGACCUAGCGCCAAGAACUGGCGUGAUGGACGUGGUGCUGCUCAGAAUAUUAUUCCAGCAUCAACCGGCGCUGCUAAAGCAGUGGGCAAAGUCAUCCCAGACUUGAAUGGCAAGCUCACUGGUAUGGCUUUCCGUGUACCAGUUCCUGAUGUAUCCGUUGUGGAUUUGACUUGCCGACUUAAGAAGCCAGCAACAUACGAUGAAAUCAAAGCUACCAUUAAGGCUGCAGCUGAAAGUGGCCCAAUGAAAGGAUUUCUGGGAUACACCGACGAUCAGGUGGUAUCCCAAGACUUUUGUGGCGAUAGACGCUCUAGUAUAUUUGACGCUGGUGCAGGAAUUGCCCUUAAUGAUUCUUUUGUUAAGCUGGUUACAUGGUAUGAUAAUGAAGUUGGUUACAGUCAUCGUGUUGUUGAUCUGAUUAAGCACAUGUAUGCAGUAGACAACUAGAAGAUGUGCAGUGUUUUAAAUGUGUGAAUCUCAAGUAUAUGUCAAUAUCAUGGGCUGUUGUUUUUUUAGUUCCGUAGCAAUAAAUCGCCAUUACCAAAAUUAAAAUGUUUGUAUUAAUACAUUACUUAACUUUUUCAAAUAUCAAGGGCUAGAAAUGUCAAUUAUUUCUGUAAUUUACACGAUGGUUGGCUAACAGGUUCAUCCAAUAAUUUAUUUUUGUUGAAUAGAAAUAGUUGUAUAUUUGAGAUAGUUAAAUUGUGUAUUAGGUUAAAAAUCGAAAUAUCUGAAGUGCUGACUGAAUUAAAACAUGUGAAAUCUGUAGUUGUUACUGCAUUGAAAAUAGUUAAAUUCUACUGUAUAAUUUCUGUCAACUGUAGUGUGUGAUGCAAUAAACCUGCUUGGGCUAAAAACCUACCUA